AUGCCGAAUAUGUUGGACAAACCCGAUGGAAAAGAAGAUUCCGCCCGCCAAGAGGACGGGGCAGACUCCAAGGCAGCCCAAUCUCCUACCACAAAUGACCUUAACUAUAAUUCACUGAAACCAAAGCGGCUGACUCGGGCCGUAACCGCUGGUGCCCGUCGACUGAGCAGCAAGACGAUGGUCUCGCGAAGGAGUACCCUCAAUAUUGAUCGGGAUAUCACUGUCGACCUAUCGUGGUAUUCGCUCUGGCUUUCUUCACGGGUCCAGAACUUGCCUCCAACUUACUGCCAAAUAACAAUCGAUGGCGAGCAACUUUCGGAACCGGGGGUCCUCCAUCGUUUCAUGGAUAAAGUGGAACAGUAUGUGAAGGACCGUAAAGGAUUGAGCGUUGACAACAUCAUUGAAUACCUACAGUCAACGGAUUCGAUCGAUUUCACCGAUAGCAAAUCUCUCAACUGUGUUCGAGGGCUCAUCUUCAGCAUUUUAGGCUGGCAAUCAAUGCUGUACCGGCCAGAUUUGACUGGCUGUCCUUCCACUCAGUUGGCUAUCUAUCAUGACGACUCUCUUCCUGAUUCUAAGCUUGUCUUCUACGCGUACAAGAUGUCCACUGAUUUAUGCGACCGUCCCUUGUUCGCCUUGUUAAGGGGGUUCGGAAAUCUCCUGCCGGCGGGAUAUCACAUCCACCAAGAAACAUCUGUGCUAAGUAAGAAGGCUGUGGCAUCAUGGAUUCCACUUUACCCGAGCGAAGUGAACGCCUAUCUUCUUACCACACUCCUUGGUGUUCGGUUUCGUUGGGUGGACUCCAUCUCCCUGCACCUAGAUUUCGACAAGUCAAGCCGCACUCUAUCACUCUUCUGCUUCCCAUCAAAAUGCGUAUCCCAGCUAAGGGACGGAGGAUCAAUUUUUGCAUUUGCAAGCACGGAGUUCGAGUCGGCGGACCCGAGGGCGAAUGAGAGCGAUAUCACACAUUUGCUGGUAGAGGUCCUUUUGUCCUAUCGUCUGCUGUUUGGUCAAUCAAAGAAAUCUCGGAAAGUCUUUCGACAGACUUUCGACCCGCAGAAACUCCCCUGCCCCCAGCCAGAUACGCUUCUAGCAGCCUUGUGCUCCCAGAAGCAGGUCCCCGCGAAACUGGGAGAUUUCCCACUUCCAGUAGACCGGCACAUUUACUAUGCAGCUCGGGAUUUUUCAGUAUUACACGAUCGGGUGGAACUGCUCUUUCAAGAAUUAAAUGGAACCCGGCCGAAGUCAAUAUCUGGGCUCUUGAAGGACAGGAGGGACACAUUGCAGUUCUGGACGUUUUGGUUGGUUGGCAUUUUCGGCUCAUUGAGCGUGACAUUGACGUUUGCGCAAGUAGUCAUGCAGGCGUACCAGGUUUCUCACGGCAAUUGA